AUGCACAUAUAUAAUACUUACGAUGCUCACCGCACGCACCACUACACGCAGCAACUAACCUGGGGGCAGACGACUUGCUGCCUCACAAAUCCACCAACGGGCAAGUGCAACACGCUUGCUUCCUCACAGAGACGGCGACUAGAAGAAAAAGAACGACAACAUUCCUUCAAUGGAUCUCGUCCUCCAUCCGGCUCUGAUUACUAUCAUGACCAGUGCUACAUCUCGCCAAGCGGCACCACAGACAACGAAGCCAAAAAUCAGCUUCUGCCGCCUGAGCCACGCCCCGCCAACAACAACAACAACAACAACAAGACACCAAGACUGCAAGGAGACACUACCAAGUCGAGGGAUGACGAAGCUCCUAAAUCAUGGAUUGCCGCAAAUAACACCCCCCUUCAUGCAGACUCCAAAUCCGCCAAGCCACGGACGACGGCCAAUAAGCGCAUGCCCAAAAAAGGAUCGCCAGCACAAAAAGGGCGCACUUUUCUGGCAUAG